GAUCUACCAAGAAUCCAGUUUAGUAAGCGAGCAGACUAGAACUGCUACGUAUUCCGCCUUUGACGGGCGCCUCUAGUCAAAAUGACUGCACAAGAACAAAUGAAAAAGAUGCUGGACGAACUUAUGGGAACCCAGAGGGACGAGAACUCUGUUGUGAUGUCGACGCUAGCUCAGUCAAGAGGAGUGAGUUUUUCCUUUCAUGUAUUUUUAUCUAUGCGAAUUUUCUUAGUUCCACGUUCUCAUAUGAAAGAUUUCAACCUGUCUCUGAGACAAGAAGUUUUUUAGAGUUUAACAUUCACUUUUUUUGCAAUGCAUCGCCGGUGCCUUUUCUUUAAAUUAUUUCACGAGUGGCUUAAUCUGUAACAUCAUGCUUUAAGAAACGCGUGUCUCCAAGAAGGGUUUUCUCGUAGGUUUUUUCAAGAUCCAGAGAGUAAUAAGCAGCAGCCGCCUGAUUGUAUGUUGUCAUUUUACUAUUGGUUUAAACACGACGUUAUGGAAAUGUCACAGUUGUUAAACACUGUGGUGUAGGAAAUUUAUGUGCAUGUUAGAAACCUUCUGUUCUUGAACAGCUGUUCAAAAGGAAAGUUCUAGAAACAGAAUUACUAAUAUUUUGUUUUGCCACAUCAGAUAUCAAAAUUAUUUGGAACUCUUUUUAAGUAAAUCCAACUUUGUGUUCUAGCUUUUGAGGAAAAUUUUCCUGUCUAUUGUUCCACUUUGAACACUUUUAUAGAUUGGUGUUAUUUAGAUGUUGGGAAUGUUUGCAAUGUCAGUGGGCUUUCACCACAAAUGUUUAGCACCUUGAGCAACUACCAUAAGGUCCCUUAUGAAUUGAUUGCCAAACAACUUUGAGUUAUGAUGCAUCAAUGGGAAGGAACUUGGCGUUACAGUGUGUUUAACCACUCUGUGUUGUUAUCUGAAACAGUAACAGUGAAUAAUGAAAUUUUAGUGUGUUGUGCAGUGGCACAUCUUGUUCACAGUUUAAGUGUGUUUGUGUGUUAUAACUACCCAUGUUGUGUGAAAGCAGUUCCCCAUUAAUACUAGAUAUUGAAUGCUUUCUCAAACAAGGCUUACUGAUAGCCAUGUACAUGUAGUGUGAGCAAGUCAUUGGAUGCGUAAGUAGGGUGACGUAAGUAGGGACAGAAAAUUUCCAUUUUAUUAAUUUAUGGUGCUGGGAGUUAUACAGUUAACAUAACUAUAGGAUAUUACACAUGAAUUUUUUAAGAAUCAAUCCAUGGAACUGGAUGUGCAUGGAAUAAAAAUUUUCAGAAAUAUUUGUACCCUUGAUAAACCCAUAAUCCAUUCAGUGCUGACUACAACAGUGAUAACAAAGACUCACUUUGAAAUUUUUUUUUUGGAUGGGGGGUGAAAGAGAAGUGAAAAACUCUUCAAUGUGUAGGACUUAGUGCACACCUUGUAUUUUGACUUCUGAAGAAACAGCCCUUUUUCAGUAUAUGGGCAUCUAGCCUACAUGUAUGUGUACAUCUUGCACUGAGUAUUUGUGCCUCGUUUUAGAUCAGUUUACCUUUGACCACCCAAAGUUUGUUUUGUGUCCUGGUAUUCUUAAUCCUCUAACUCCCAAGAGUACCCAAGAAAGCAUUUCUCCCUUUAAUAACAGUAGAAUAUCAAGCAGUCAUGUGACAAGAAUAAAGAAAAUAUUAUUAAAGGGAUUAUCAGUUGUUCUUGUAUCAAAUUCUCCAAACUAACAUCAUAAGAAUUGUGUGGCAAACAGUAUGGAGAUCUUGGAAGUGAGAGGGUUAAAGCAAUGAUUGGAAUCAUCUAUUUGACCUUAGUCCUCUUCUUAUGAGACAUGUCUUUUAUUUUACUUUAUUUUGGGCAUCACUUUGUCCAUUUUAAACCAAGAAUUACAAUAUUUAUUCCACUUGCCUGGUAUUUAUGUUUUAUUUUUUUUUGCCUUUGCAUUCCUAAGGUGCCAGACCAGAAGAUGAAGUCAAGUUCUCAGAUGACCGUGUGUGUAAGAGCUACCUUAUGGGACUCUGCCCUCAUGAACUCUUCAACAACACAAGCAGUGGAUCUUCAAAACUAAAAUGGAUCUUGGUCCCUGCAACAAGAUUCAUGAAGCUGCUCUGAAAGCAGAUUUUGAGAUUGCAUCAAAGAAGAGGGACUAUGGUUAUGAUGUAGAUCAAAUGGAACACCUUCAGUCAUUCAUCAAGGACUGUGAUAGAAAGAUCCAAAUAGCAAAGAAAAGGCUUGAGGAGACACAAGAUGAUCAUGACAAUGUCCCUGAGGCCCAAGCAGUUCAUGACCUGGCUGAACAGAUUGGAAAAAAACUUGCAGAAGCAGAGACUGUGGGAGCUGAAGGCAAGGUUGAAGAGUCAAUGGAACUCAUGAAGGAGGUGGAAGACUUGAAAGUAAAGAAAAAGAUGGCAGAGGAUAUAUAUCGAGAGUCACUUCCUUCAUCUUCUCUUCAGCAACAAAAGCUGAGGGUUUGUGAGGUGUGUGCCGCAUACCUCAGCUUGUAUGACAAUGACCGGAGGUUAGCUGAUCACUUUGGAGGAAAACUUCACAUGGGUUUUAUCAAAAUCCGCGACAGGCUGAAGGAACUACAGGAUGGAGUGGCAAAAAAGCGAUCUGAAAGAGAAAUGGAGAGGAUACGUCGACGCGAAGAAAGAGAGCGCGAGCGGGAACAAGAGAAACGCGAUCGUGAAAAAAGAAUGAGAGUAGAAAGAGAAAGGGAUAGAGAGAGGAGCCACCGCCGCCGAAGUCGAAGUCGUAGCCGGAGUAGAGAGAGAAGGAGAAGAAGAAGGAGCCGUUCACGAUCACGAUCUCGUUCCAGGUCACGCUCACCUUCAUCGAAGUCACGCAAUAAGAGAAGGCAGUCAUAUCGCCGCUCGAAGUCACGCUCGCGAUCUGGGUCUCCAAAGAGGAAAUCUCCACCCACUAGAUCACCCAGACAAACACCGACAAGAUCUCGCUCAAGAUCACAAAGCUAGGAUAUUAGCUACCGUUUAAACCCUCUGCAUUACAAAGCAAUCCCCCUGGCUGAAAAAAAUGUGGAACUUAAUUUAUCCAGCCGUGUUUAUCCUACUGGUUGUUCUACACGUAGUUGUGUUCUAGGGAAUUUUUUUAAAGUCUCUUAAGUGUGACAAACUGCUACGAAAGUUAACUUUAAUCGAAUUCUUCUCUCCCCCCUCUCCCCCGCAAAAUUAUUGUGUUGUCAUUUUUCUUGAAAUGCCCAAACUCAUCGUUAAUAUAGUAUUCGUUACAGUUGUGUAGUCGUGGCUAGAUUUUUACAUCAACAUGCCCAGGUAUUGCAUGAGUGUAACUGCCUUCAACUAUGUUCAACCAAGGCAUUUAUUAGCGCAAAAUGUAGCUGAUAAGAUAUAAUUUUAGCAUUACAAGAAUAAAUUUAUUGUCUAAAAGUU